ACGCACAUGUCGAGAUGAGGUGAAAGUGCAAGCUGCCAUUUUUUCGAAAAACAUAAACGUGAUUAGUUCAGGCAAAGCAAAGACAAACUGUGAGUUUCUUCCGCCGUCACUCUUUAGCAGUUUUGUUGGACCUGUUGGCGCAGUGAAUCCUCAUUCUGCACGAAUAUUAGCGAAGCUUUGUUUAUUUAAACUCGGGUUGAAGCGAAGGUUAGCUCGCAGCUGCAGGCUGCAGAUGGCUGCUUAGCUCGGCUGGCUAACGUUAGCUGCGGCUGUAAACAAACACUUGAGACAGUAAAGGAGUAGCUGCUGAUAAACGGAGCGCACAGCCUGCAGGUUUGUGAGUUACUCAGGAUAUUUAGGUCAAUAAUCUCGGGCUUGUGAAGAGCCAACACGACGGUAGAAGCAGUAGGUGAGGAGGAGCAUGUCUGUAAGUUAGCGACACAACUUCAGUUUUGAUGACAGUGCGAGUUUCUUCACUCUAGCUCGAAGCUCAGUCGCUUUGGAGCAGGUCAGAAACACACAUAUACACACACAGACACAUACACAGACAUGUCGUCUUUCUCUGAGUCCGCCCUGGAGAAGAAGCUGUCGGAGCUGAGCAGCUCUCAGCAGAGCGUCCAGACUCUGUCUCUGUGGAUCAUCCACCACCGCAAACACUCCGGCCUCAUCGUCAAAGUGUGGCACAGAGAGCUGAAGAAAGCUAAAAGCACCAGGAAGCUGACGUUUCUCUAUCUGGCCAACGAUGUCAUCCAGAACAGCAAGAAGAAAGGACCAGAGUUCACCAAAGACUUUGAGUCUGUUCUCGUCGACGCCUGCUCUCAUGUUGCCAGUGAUGCAGAUGAGAACUGUAAAAAGCACAUGGAGAGACUGCUGAACAUCUGGAAGGAGAGGAGUCUCUACAGAGGUGACUUCAUUCAGCAACUCAAGCUGGCCAUCGAAGACUCCAACAGCCCCAGACCUUCAGAAGAGAAGAAGGCUGUCAAACGAAGCUAUCAGAAGAUCCAGGAAGAUGAAGACGAUGAGGACGACGACUACAGGAGCCACAACUCCCCUCGCAACACAGACGCCACCGCAACUCAGCUGACAGAAGAGCUGGUGAAGGCCCUGCAGGACUUGGAGAACGCUGCAUCGGGUGACGCUGCUGUUCGUCAGAAGAUCGCCUCGCUGCCGCAGGAAGUCCAGGAUGUUUCUCUGCUGGAGAAAAUCACUGACAAAGAGGCAGCAGACAAGCUGUCGAAGACGGUGGAUGAAGCCUGUUUGCUGCUGGCAGAGUACAACGGUCGACUGGCCGCAGAGUUGGAGGACCGGAGGCAGCUGGCUCGCAUGCUGACUGAAUACAUCAGCAGCCAGAAGGAGGCGCUCACGGAGAGAGAGAAGAAACUAGAGGAAUAUAAACAGAAACUAGCGAGGGUGACCCAGGUGAGGAAAGAGCUCAAGUCGCACAUCCAGAGUCUCCCUGACCUCUCCCUCCUGCCCAACGUGACCGGGGGUCUGGCCCCGCUCCCCUCGGCCGGAGACCUCUUCUCCACCGACUGAGAGGUCUUUGCUUGGACAAACUACUCCCCCGUGCCCCGCCCUACCCAAACCCAGCCCCAUGUUUGAUUCACAAAAUAUUUCCAGCAAGGAGGCACACGUGGUCAAACCUCUCCCCAGCAGAGUAGCCAGCACACCUGCUAACUCCAAACCUGCAGGACAAGAGGGGGGAAGGGACAUUAGAAGGAAGGUUUGGUGAAACGCUCUACAGAGAACAGAGACUCUGUCAGCCUGAAUUUUUCCCGCUCGACCGUCAAGGAUUCCACUCCACCAGCUUGGAACGAGUUAGUUUCCUUUUAGUUUUAAUUUUUUUUUUUUACGCUGGAAAUGUCAGUGAUUUAGGAGGAGGUGGCGGGGUUAAAGAGACAAAGUUUAGACAGACAGAAAUGUUGGUUGUCAGGACGUGUCAUGUGUCUUUCUGUGUGGUAUAUUUUGAAUGCAGCGAGCAAAGGUUUGCUCUCCCAAUUCUCAGAUUGGUUGUGACUACACUGUGAAGAGAAUGUAUCAUUCAUUAGUUUCAGUCGGCCUUCAGUUGUUGAUUUGAUACAUGUAGGUGUAUUUGAUGUAGGUAUACAGUUCAGAUCGGGUUCAGUGUACGUUGUUUCGUGGUUGUUUCAUGAUGAGUUGCUCAUUGGUCGACAGCUGUGACAUAACACACUCAUUUUAGUAACACUUGACAAGAUGGUGAUUAAACAGGAUUUGUGUUCCACAAGCCUUUGUUUUCACACCCCGUUUAGCAUUUGUUCAUUCUCAUUUAUAAAGCACCCGUACGUCUAAGCUUGUUUGUUUUCAUGCUUUAAUUUGGACGUUUAUGCUUGAAAUAGGAUAAGGCUAAUUAUGUUCACAAGUGUGUACUAGACAAGGUUUUGAGAACAAAUACUGGUAGUUUGAAAAAAAACAAAGUUUGCUUUUCAAGAAACUGUCUGGCCUUACUUGUGGCUUACUUGUUUAAAAAAAUUAUGAAACCCCAAAACUCAAAAAUAUAUGUUCUGAGAGGGCAACAAAGGAGAUAAAACAGAAGAAAAGUGUUAAAUAUCUUAAGGUUUUAGUGUGUGUAGGGUUGGGCAAUAUGGAUGUCAAGAAGUGUAAAGAUAAAUAGGUCAGAAGAAGACCUUUCUCUGAUAUAGUUAUAUAUAUCACAUUCAUUUCAUUAGAUGGUAAUGUGAAAUGGACUGGAGCUGUCAUUUAUUCUCAGCUGCAUUCUCAAGUUUUUAAGAAAAUUGUGUAUAAAUGAUCUACAAUGUUAAACCCCCCUGGCAUGAUUAAAAUGAUAAAUAAUAAUGAAUACAUAUUGCUCAGCCCUACUUGUGUGUAGACAUCCAAUGAUUAAAUAUUUUACUAAAAGAAAUAACAGCAGAUUCACCACUGCAGUCCCUUUCUCAAGUAUUUUUAUUUUUAAAUUUAGAUAUUAAGGUCAGGAAGAGAGAGUUGUUCCCCAAAUAAGUUUAGGUACAAGUUUGUGAUGAUUUUGUGAACAUCAUCUGUGAAGGCCAGAAUAACAUGGACCAUUUGUUUAGCUUGUAUUUGAUUUUCAGUUAUUUGUAUACAGAGAGAAAUCUUCAUCGAUUAUGUUUGAUGAUAAAAGGUCACAGAUGUUUACCUAGACAAACUACUCAUUUUAUUAAAGCUUUCAGAAGCC